GUUAUUUUGAAAUUCUUCACAAGAUAAUAAUGAAAUUUUCACAUGUUUAUCUUUUUUGGGUGUCCCCCUCCUUUUAAGAAAAAGUCUCUGCCCCUUUGUUUAUAUCCUGUUUCUCUUUUUUUUUUUAUUAUUAUUAUUCUUUCUUCAUUUCUUUUCCUUCAUUUCGCCACUAUACACACCAUGCCGUUUAUCAAUACUCAACAAAAGGAAGAGAAAUACCGAUUUGUGGAUGAAAUUCUAUCUGCACCCGACUAUUAUCGUGUUCUCGGAAUCAAGAAAGAUUCGACUCCAGAAGACGUGCGAAGAGCGUACAUUAAAAGGAGCAGAGUGUGUCAUCCCGAUAAGUUUGUGCCAUCGUAUCCUCGAGCCACCGAGAGUUUUCAACUAUUGUCGAUAGCCUAUGAAACACUCAGUAAUCCGUCAUCCAAACUCAUGUACGAUGUAUCAAAGCAUAAAGGCACUGCCUCCACUUCGGCAUCCUUUGUCAAUUCCGACGACGACAACCCUAAUGACACCCUACAGCGUGUGCUACACCAACUGUUCAAUGAAAUGUUAGAUGGAGAGUUUCAAACAAUGCGGGCAUUUAUACAUGCGCUGAACGAGACUAAUCCCGGUAUGCAUAUCACAGAGGACGCCAUCCUUCAGAUCGAGCUUGGUUUCAAGAAGAUGCGAGAGCUAUUCCAGUCUACACAUCAAUAUUACAAGGUGGUUCAAUUUGAGCUGAUGCGAUUAUACGAAUUACAACACGAACUAAGAACACUUUCUUAUUUCAGUUUAUGGAGACGUAUGCAAUUAUCCAUUACGAUAUGUAAAGUUUUAUUACAGUUACCGAUUAUUAUCAAUGCAGAGUCCAAACAACGUCAAUUAUUAGAAGAUGUGAAAAAUACAAGUCAAAAGAUAGAGCAGGGAGGCAUUUUAAACCAGAAUAUCGAGAGUGCUUUAAAAUUAGCUGUUGGCCUAUUAGAGACAGGUGAAAAAUACACUACCGCCUGGUAGAGAAAUUUAAUAAAAAAAACUUUUUUUUUUUUAAAAUUA